AUGGACUGCGGCUCCGUUGCGGCCGAGAGGCCGAAGUGCCCGCCGGGCCGCCGGCGGCUCCUGCUCCUCCUGGCCGCCGGCCGCGCUGGAGGCCCGGGCGGCCGCGGCAUCCCCGCGCGCCGCCUCCUGCCCGCGCUACCCGGCGGUCCCGGGGCGCUGCGCCCCGGCGCCCGGGCGGUCCGCGGCGGCGCGGCACGUGCCUCCUCGUUGCUCCUCCUCCUGCUGGUGCCCUGCCCGCGCCGGGCGGCCGCGGCCCCGCGCCGGCCGCCGGCGGACUGGGAGCGCUCGCGCUCCGGACCCCCGGCGCCCCCGGGCUCCCCGGCCGGGCGCGGCGGCGUGUGGAGAAGCCAGCCGGUCCUGGCCCCGGGCCUCGCGGGUGCGGCGGGCGCGCUCCCCCGGUGCCUCGGCCGGGUGGCCGCCCUGGCGUCCUCCAGGAGAGACCUGAGCCUCUGUGCUGGGAAUCUGCAGCUGGACAGCAGAAGGAGAGAGUUCGCCUCUUCUGGGAACAGGAAGCUCUACUUUGACACCCAUGCCUUAGUGUGUGUGCUCGAGGAGAAUGGGUUUACUACUCAACAAGCAGAAGUUGUUGUAUCUGCCUUGAUGAAGAUCAUGGAGGCCAACAUGGAUAUCAUCUACAAAGAUAUGGUCACCAAGAUGCAGCAGGAGAUCACUCUUCAGCAAAUAAUGUCUCAGAUCGCUAAUGUGAAAAAAGAUAUGAUUAUUUUGGAGAAGAGUGAAUUUUCAGCCCUCAGAUCAGAAAAUGAGAAAAUAAAGCUUGAGCUCCAUCGGUUAAAACAACAAGUAACGGAUGAAGUGAUCAAAGUCCGAACAGAUACCAAAUUAGACUUCAAUCUAGAAAAGAGCAGAGUGAAAGAACUGUAUUCGUUAAACGAAAGGAAGCUGCUGGAAAUAAAAACAGAAAUGGUGUCACUGCACGCCCAGCAGGAUCGGGCUGUCACACAGACAGACAGAAAGAUAGACACCGAGGUUGCUGGCCUGAAAACCAUGCUUGAGUCGCACAAGCUUGAUAAUAUUAAAUAUUUAGCAGGAUCUGUAUUUACGUGCCUAACAGUAGCUCUGGGAUUUUAUCGUCUGUGGAUAUAAUAAAGUGUCUAUUUAAAGAGCAUUCUAUUGUUCUGCCUUAAGAACACCAGAUUCUUGCUGUACUUUUUUUUCUCAUUUCUAAUUAUAAUGCUGAUUUUUUAAUUUAAUGUAUAUUAUUUAUUUUAUGCAAAUGAUGGACAAAUAACCAAGGCAGAGAAGUAAGAAAUUUCAAAACUGCUUCUUUCAUCUCUUCUAUUUAGUUAACUUUAUAGCUCUGAGUGGUGGACAAGGCAAGGAGGACUCCACUCCCCUGGACCAGUGAACUCAGUCUAACUUGCAGAACGUAGCAAAAGUAAAUAUGUGUAUAACUUUGCAAUUUUAAAUCUGUCUCAUCAAGGAUUUGGGGUCUCCAUGUAAAGGCACGGAAGCUUUACUAAAUGCUGAAGAAUCACGGUAACCAAACCAAGAGCAUCGAAUCUUCUUCACCUGCUGACCCAGACCCUGACAUCAGCCGGUCCCUGUGUCAGAGGCUGUGUUUCAAGUCCAGUCAGUCGGUAGCCUCAUGCUACACUGUACUUGACACCAGAGCGAGAUUUUUUUUUCUUUUGGUUUCCAUUAUCUUCGUUAUUAUUGUAUCUUCGUUAAUAAUAUCUUCGUUAUUAUUCUGCUUAUUGUUUAUGCGCCUUCCAGCUGGAAAAUCUUGUUGCCUAAUGAAGUAUUAUAAUUAGGAUGGAGACUGUCCCAGCCUCCUGGUGUGCAGACUCCCUCUGCCUCCUUCCCCCUCACUCGGUCCCUCCUCCUCUCCCUCUUGAUUUAAGAGCUAUCAUAAUGCUCCAGGGAUGACACUGUCUCCCUAGAAAACAUGCUUAAUUCUCAGCAUGGAAGUCGGCUUCAGUGUGUGUGAUCAUCACCCUAAUGGCCUUCCUCAGCUUGUACACGAUACAAGGGCAGCACAAGGCAUAAUGUCUGUAGCAAUACUGAGAUAGUUAGCUAGUGUAGAUACUGCCCAGAAAUAUCUUUAACGAAGAUGCCUUUGCCUAUUACAAGCUCAGGUCAUAGGCUUUGAAAAUUAGAGAACUGUCCUGCCGGGUAUCAGCCUAAUGUGGGUUAAUUUCUUUGGUUGUUAAAGACAUUCUCAUAGCGACCUUACCUCUGCAUU